UAGUUAGUUAUUUAAAGCAACAAAACAUUUGCUUGAAAUGCAAUGUAUUGAAUGCAAGAGCGAAACCUCAUCGGCUUGAGCGAGACUAGUUUGAGUCGGUGCGAGCGACUACGAGUCGGCGUAUCCAUUGGGGAAGUGUACUCCUGGCGAACGGUCGUGUCACCGCAGCUGUGCUAGUGUGAAUAUCCGAGCGCGUACAGUUAUUGUUCGAAAUUUAAAAAAUUCUAUUUCCAGAUUUAAAUGUCCGUUGAACGUUUCGAAAUUUGAUUUUUUUUUAUAUAUUUUUUUUAAAUGGUUAAUGUGAUAUUCAAUGAGCCGUGUCAUGUUUGCGGUUUUUAAAUAUCGAACCUAUUGUCGAAGGCAUUAAGAAUUUAUAAAACAGAUAUCUUUUGUUUGUUGAAACAAUAAAUAAACGUGAUAACGUGGACGGAUUUUUGUGUCAAAUAAAGUGCUGUGAUGUCGUGUAACAAAUUCGGCACGAAAAUGGGUAAAGAGGUGCAGAAGCGAUGGCGGUCAAUCCGAGACUCGUAUACCAAGUCAUUCCGGCAGGGCAAGUGCGCCCCAGAGCAAUGCCAGCCCGGCAGCCGCCGCUACCAGUAUCACAAGCAGAUGUCCUUCCUGCACCGCGCAUUGCAAAACAGGAAGCCACGCUACUCUCAAGACAAAUACGAAUCAUAUUCCGAAGUAUCAAGUUCCCCGCAACAUCCGGCGCCUGAUGAAAUCAUACCGAGAAUCAAACAUGAGGCCAUAGACAAGCCUCUAGAUCUCAAAACGAAACCGGACCCACCAGAGAAACCGGAAACAGUAGACAAAUGCAACCAGGCGACCAUAGACAGUAAUAAAAAGAGCCCAUCACUAGAAAUCAAAAUAGACGCGAAUUCGAUCCUACCAGAUGAUCAUUUCGACGAUGAUAAACUUUUUAUGAAUUCUCUACUUCCUCUUUUUAAAAAGAUGGACGAUGAUACCCGUCUUUUAUGCCGUAUUGAAGUUUUGAAGAUAAUAAGAUAUGCUCUGCAAGGGAAUAAAUGCUUUGAAGCAUUAAAAAUGGCGGAAGAUAGCUUCUUUAAGAACCGUAUUAGCGGUAUAUUGGCCAAAGAGGAAGUGUUGGAUACACCAGUUAACUCUACUAAGAAUGGAUUGCCUGAAUCUAAAUUAUCUAUGACUACUCGUUCUGCUGAUGGCAGUAGACCUGUAAGGAAACGAAGGGCUCGUUCUCCGUCUCCUUUACCGAUGCCGCCCAAAAAGAGGGGACCUGGUCGUCCUAGAAAGGUCCGUCCUCCUCCAUCUGACUCGGAAGAGGAACCCACCGCAAGGAAACAGUAUCCCAAGCUGAAAGUACCGCCCGUUGAGAUCUCACAUCUCUCUGAGUACGAUGAGACAUUAAACAGGGCUACGAGUGUAUCACAACUUCCUAAACCUAUGUUUAUGAGGAUGUAUAACCUGGAAAGAUCAAAACCUAGUCUAGCAACACCGGCGGCGCAAUCUGUGCAAGUCACCGUCAAAUCAGAGCCCAUAGACACGUUCGAGACGGCGCAGUGCAGUAACAUGUAAACGUCAAAAUCGUUUGACAGAUGUCAAAAGUGUUACCAUAUUAAAAAAACUUUUGAACUCUCGUGCCAGUUUCACGGUUCAAUCAAUAUUUCUUUAAGUGUUGGUACCAUGUUAUAUAAGAAAUAUGGACCAAUUUAAAAGUACGAAUGUAAUUCUUAUUGACAGGGUCGUAAGGUUUACAAUGGAAAAGAUGGUAUAAUGUGAAAUCAA